GUCCUCCAGCAUCUCGCUCUCUCCCUCGUGGUCCCUAUCAUCGCGUACCUCUACAAGACCCUUAUGGCGACCACAGCAACCAAGUUCGCAACGUCAACCUCCAUCGCGCAAGGCGCCAUCGUGGUCGGCUCCGGCCUCGCCGGCCUUUCAGCCGCCUCCCAACUCAUCUCCCAUGGCGUCCCCGUCCACCUGCUCGAUCGCGCUCAGAAGCCAGGAGGAAACUCCAUCAAGGCAUCAUCUGGCAUCAAUGGCGCCCCGACGCGCUUCCAAACGGUCCCGGACACCACGUUCUACGACGACACCGUCCGCUCCGCUGGAUCCGUGUUCUCGAUCGCUCGCGAACAGCGUCAGAAACUCGUAUCGACGCUCACGGAGCAAUCGGCUAGCGCCAUCUACUGGCUACACGACGAGAAGGGUGUCGAUCUGAGCAAGGUCGCCCAGCUGGGUGGCCAUAGCGUCCCGCGCACUCAUCGCCCGGAGAAAUCUACCGUCGGCGCAAGCAUCGUCAUGACGCUGCUGAAGCAGUUGAAGGAGAGCCCGCUGUUUCAGCUUGAGACCGCGGCCCGCGUGACGCGGGUGCUGAAGAGCGGCGAGAAGGUCACGGGCGUCGAGUACACGCAAGACGGCGAGACGAAGGAGCUGCAUGGGCCGCUGGUGUUCGCGACGGGCGGGUUCGCGGGCGAUGCAAACGGGCUGCUGGCCAAGUAUAGGCCUGACCUCGCGGGUUACCCGUCAACGAGCGACCCACGCGAGGGCACCCAGGAUCUGCUCACGGCCGUGGGCGCCCAGCUCCUGGAUAUGGAGCAGGUGCAGGUGCAUCCCACUGGAUUUGUCGAUCCGAAGGAGCCGCAGUCGCUGGCUAAAAUCUUGGCGGCGGAAGUGCUGAGAGGGGAGGGUGGAGUGCUACUGAUGGAAGGCAAGAGGUUCGUAAACGAGAUGGAGACUCGGGCACACAUCACGGAUGCGAUUACCAAGCACGAACCCCUAAAAGGGGAUAUCAAGCAGUGGGACGUGCUUAUCGUGCUGGAUGAAGGAACCUUCAAGGCGGCGGAAACGCAUCUCGGGUUCUAUAUGUGGAAGGGCUUGAUGCGGAAGACGACCGUGGCUGAGCUAGGUGAAGGUGUGUUGCCGGCGCUGCAAGAGUACGCGGAUGCAGCUGCUGGCCACACAGAAGAUAGGUUUGGGCGUAAGGCAUUCGGGCAUUGGGCUUUGAAGAAGGUGGAGCCGGAAACUUUGGUUUAUGUGGGAAAUGUGACGCCCGUGGUGCAUUUCACUAUGGGAGGGGUGGUGAUCAACGAGAGGAGCGAGGUUCUGGAUGCGGAAGGGAAGGCCAUCCCAGGCCUAUGGGCAGCCGGGGAGGUUACAGGUGGUGUUCAUGGGGAGAACAGGUUGGGCGGGUCUAGCUUGUUGGAGUGUGUUGUCUUUGGUCGUAUAGCCGGGGACCAGGCUUCGGCGGCUUUCAAGAGCCAGUAAAAGAUUGGCAUCGAAGCUAGGCUUACCCUUUAGAGCUCGAGCGAUCUCUUGUGCGAACAGAGUGUUGUCAUGCCUUAACUGCAGCAGUACGCAACUGUAAAAUAGAUUGACCAACGUCAUCAUACGACGAAGGCGACGGGCACGGACAGCAAAUCGCAUAAAGUAUCUCUUGUACAUUAUACAUUCGACUGCAUGGGCAAUCAAGCCGCUUGUCCCUAACACCACUUCUUGAUCAGUGG